UUUUUUUUUUUUUUUUUAAAUUCUAUUCUCAAGAAUAGCUAUUCCGCAUUAUGCAAUUCAGACGUGCCGUAAAACGGUUAAUCCUUGACUUUGCUUUCACGCUGGGCUGCUUUCUAGUCACCUUUUAUUCACCUGUUCUUCUCCCUGUCCAGCCGGGUCCAAAAUCCAACCACAAAAUAUUAAAGAGGAAGCAAAGAUGUUAUAAAACUAACUAAAAACAAUAACUCCUCACUUUGCCAAUUUGUCAUCCCAUGAAACACAGGAAUAAAAUUUACUAAUCUAUAGUUUUCUCGGUGAUCCAUUAGCCCACUUUUUCUUGCAGUUUCAACAACCUCACAUUCAAGGAAGAGAGUUGAAAUAUUAGGAUUUUGGAGACCGGAUUUAAAGCUGCUGCUUCAUCUGCUUCUUACUAGUAAUGGAGUUGAAGGACAGGCUUGUAAGGUUUUAUUCUGAUGGUAAACAACAGAAAGAAGCACCAUGGGGAAAGAACGACCCUUUAUUCCUUGAAACGUCAUCUUCUGGGUACAAGAUUUCAUUUUCUUCAGUGCUGAAACCGGAGAAUGUGAUGGUUGGAGGAAGAAAUAGACUUCCUGAAACGGGAAAAGUUGGAAGGUCAAAGGUUUUUCCACAGGGCAAUGCACCAUGGUACAGGAGAAUUCUUGAUCCUGGCAGUGAGGUUGUGUUACAAUGGAACCGGGUUUUCAUUAUUUCAUGCUUGGUGGCACUUUUCGUUGACCCAUUGUAUUUUUAUUUGCCUGCCAUUGGAGGGGAUGCAACCUCCUCGUGUGUAAAGACAGACACAAGCUUGCGAAUUGUUGUUACAUGUUUUCGAAACAUUGCUGAUAUUUUUUAUUUGUUGCACAUAAUUAUAAAAUUUAGAACAGGUUAUAUUGCUGCAAACUCAACAACUAGAGUGUUUGGGAGGGGUGAACUUGUAAUGGACCCUAAGAAGAUUGCAUGGAAGUAUCUUAGAUCUGACUUCUUCAUUGAUCUCAUUGCAACACUGCCUCUUCCUCAGAUAGUUAUCUGGUUUAUCAUCCCGGCAACAAGAAGUCCUCGAACUGAUCAUAACAACAAUGCCCUUGCAUUAAUUGUUCUGUUUCAGUACAUUCCCAGAUUGUAUUUGAUUUUUCCAUUAAGUUCACAAAUUAUUAAAGCAAAUGGUGUGGUCACAAAGACAGCAUGGGCGGGUGCUGCCUACAAUCUUCUCUUAUUCAUGCUAGCUAGCCAUGUCGUAGGGGCAGCAUGGUAUCUGCUCUCUGUUGACAGGUACACUUCAUGCUGGAAGAAAAAUUGCAAAAAGGAAUUUGCUCCUCUCAGAUGUAAUCUACACUAUUUAGAUUGUGACACUUUUGGCCAUAAUGAUCGCGAGAUGUGGACAAAUGGCACUGAUGUGUUCAAGAACUGUGAUCCCGGAAAUGUUAUUGAUUUCCAAUAUGGCAUAUUUGAAAGUGCAGUAACAAAGAAUGUUGUCUCCACGAGCUUUCUUGAGAAGUAUUUCUACUGCUUAUGGUGGGGCUUACAGCAACUUAGUUCCUAUGGCCAGAAUUUGUCAACAAGCACAUUCAUUGGGGAGACACUAUUUGCUAUACUUAUUUCCAUCUUGGGUCUUGUUCUAUUUGCCCAUUUGAUUGGCAACAUGCAGACUUAUUUGCAAUCCCUCACAGUGAGACUCGAGGAAUGGAGACUUAAGCGAAGGGACACUGAGGAGUGGAUGAGUCAUCGCCAACUUCCUGAAGACUUAAAACAUCGUGUUAGACGUUUUGUUCAGUAUAAAUGGGUUGCAACUCGAGGAGUUAAUGAAGAAGCCAUCUUGCGUUGCUUACCUGCUGAUCUUCGUCGUGAUAUUCAGCGCCACUUAUGCUUGGACCUUGUUCGACGUGUCCCUUUCUUCUCCCAAAUGGAUGAUCAGCUGCUUGAUGCAAUAUGCGAGCGUCUAGUAUCAUCCUUGAGCACUGAAGGUACCUAUCUUGUUCGUGAGGGUGACCCUGUGACAGAGAUGCUCUUCAUUGUUAGAGGUAGAUUAGAUAGUUCUACAACUAAUGGUGGUCGAACUGGUUUCUUCAACUCAAUUGUACUGAGACCUGGAGAUUUUUGUGGAGAGGAACUUCUUGCAUGGGCUUUGCUACCAAAAUCCACCAUGAACCUGCCCUCUUCAACUAGAACAGUCAGAGCUUUAGUUGAGGUUGAAGCAUUUGCACUACAUGCUGAAGAUCUCAAGUUUGUGGCCAAUCAAUUUAGACGACUUCAUAGCAAGAAACUACAGCACACCUUCCGGUUUUACUCCCAUCAUUGGAGGACAUGGGCAGCCUGCUUCAUACAGGCUGCUUGGCAUCGGUACAAAAGGAGAAUGAUGGAAUACAAUAUGACCAUGACAGAAUCAUUAGCUUUGAACGAGAAAGAGGAUGACGAGACCGGGCAGGAGGAACAGAAAAUUUUCACUGCUGGCUCCAAUCCUUCUCAGGCCAAGCUGAACCUUGGAGUCACGAUAUUGGCAUCAAUGUUUGCAGCAAAUACUAGGAGAGGAGCUCAAAAGAUCAAAGAUGUUGAGAUGCCAAAAUUACAAAAACCAGACGAACCUGACUUUUCUGCAGAUCCUGAUGAUUACUGAUUGUUUGCAUUAUGAUUUUUGAAAAGAGUGUAUAUUGACUGAGCUUCUCUACAUGGGGUCAGACAUUUUCAGUACAAUAGCAGGUCAGAAACACCUUCUAGGUAGGAUCUGGAAUCCCAGAUAUUGAACAUCUUUUCCCUAUUGGUGGAAACCUUACCAAUCCGGUGUUGGACAAGAAGUGCAUGUCGUGGAAAGACAAGGCGGGGGUAUUAGUGUGGUCGUACUGGAGAAGGUUGUGUUGUGCACUACCUGUAUUUUAUUUGUUGUCGGAUAUGUAGGGUUUCAUCAGAUGCAAGCUGAGUCUAAUCCACGAGCCUUAGAAAAUACUGAGAUAUUAAAAUUUAUCCCCACGAGCCUUGGGGUCUUAUCAUUCUGAUUUUCCUGUAAAACUUGGUAACAUUUACUCAUAAAAUGCGUCAGUUAGGAAUGCCUUCGGCAAGAAAAUUGGCCUGAGUUUCGAGUCCAUCUUUCUUAAAUUUAAUUUCUUUGCGGUCAUUUUGAAGUGGAUAACGCUCCUCCGAGGUCAGCUAAGUAAAUCUUCUGAACAUAUUGUAGCCAGAAAUUUAGCCAUGACACAGCAGAGCAUUUGUUUAUGCAAUUAAUGACAAACAUUAUAAGAAAACUU